AAAUUAAAUAAAUAAAUGGAUAAAUUAUGUUUGUAUAGAAUCACGUUAGUUAAAGAUUGCCGUUUAAAGUAUGUUGGAUUGGAAUCAGGCAAAUUGUGGACAGCUAUAACACAAAGACGCGCAAGUCACUGCUUCCCGUUUACAGAAUCACAGAAUCCGGAAGAGGAAAAAUUUCGAUCCAUUCGAAUUGGAAACCCAACGUUUUCCACCAGACUCCUGCCAAUCAGGGGCGCUGUGCGAUGUCUCUUUGACAUGGGAUUUGAAGAGGGAGAAACUCAUCUUGUUUUUCCAAAGACUUCAUCAGUUGAACAGCUGCGACGCAUCCGAGAACUUAUUGCUGCCGAAAGGGACCACCGACUGCAGGGGAGUCCCUCUUCUCCACCAGUGGUCACCCAAAAUACAAACCCCACACUGAGCCAGACUGUCCCUAACGCUACACCAUCUCCUCCAGCUCCUGAAGUGCAGCAGCCCCAGGUUUGUCCUUCUCUACCUAGGGAUCCUGAGUCUAUCAUGAGUUUUUUAAGAACACUUCAAUCAAACUUUGAGCAUGUCUUAAUAUAUGAAAACUCGGAAGUUCAGCAAAAAGCUCUAUCAUGUAUUCCUAUACUACAACUGCAGGAUAAAGCACAGGAGAAGUUGGUGCAAGCCAUGACAGUAGAUCCAGGUUGCAAAGUAAAUACCAGUGAUUUUUUGUUGAUUGAGUUACUGCAGUGGUUUAAGGGGGAAUUCUUCAGUUGGGUAAAUAAUUUGCCAUGUAGCAGAUGUGGCGGCCAAACUGAAACUGCUGGUAGUGUGCCUCCUUCACCUGAUGACUUGCGGUGGGGUGCACAACGUGUGGAGAGUCACUACUGCAGUCAGUGCAACUUUACCACAAGAUUUCCAAGAUAUAACAACCCAGAAAAACUCCUGGAAACCAAACGAGGCAGAUGUGGGGAGUGGGCAAACUGUUUCACGUUAUGCUGUAGAGCAGUGGGAUUGGAUGCAAGGUAUAUCUGGGAUAUUACAGAUCAUGUCUGGACAGAAGUAUACUCUACAUCCCAAAGCAGGUGGUUGCAUUGUGACCCCUGUGAAAAUGUCUGUGAUAAGCCUCUUCUUUAUGAGAUUGGUUGGGGAAAGAAGCUUUCAUAUAUCAUUGCUUUUUCUAAGGAUGAGGUUGUUGAUGUGACAUGGAGAUAUUCAUGCAAACACCAAGAAGUACUUACCCGGAGAACAAAAGCACCAGAAAGCUGGCUUCGGAAAUCUGUUAAUGAGCUCAAUUCUGUUAGACAAAGACAGUUUACAUCAAAGAGAAAGAGCGAGCUUUUGGAAAGACUUCUUAUGGAGUUAGUAGAGUUUAUAUCUCCAAAAACUCCUAACCCAGGUGAGCUUGGAGGUCGUACCUCCGGCUCUUUGGCCUGGAGAGUUGCCAGAGGGGAAACUAAAAGCCAGUCUGCUUCUAAGGCUUUUGUUUUCACUCCAUCAGAAGAGGAAAGGAAACAUAAAUUGUUCCAUCUACAAUACAAUACUGCCAAGGACUGUUACAUCCGUGUUUCGAACAAUAAAGAACAAAUUAAUGGCUGGGAUAAUGGAGUCUGGAGUCUAGAAUCUGUUUAUAGAAAGACUGAAAUGGAUUGGAAAAUGGUUUAUCUAGCCCGGAUUGAAAAAUCAGAUUCAGCCAGAAUCUGCUGGAAGUUUGACUGUGGUGGGUUUGGAUUCAAAAUUAAGAAUGUUUCAGUAAGAGCAAACAGUCAAACAUUUCAUACUGGUAAAGUGACAUGGUCACUAAGAGCAAAUGAUCAAAGUGUUCAUCUUGAUGGAGACACCCAGUUACAUGAAUAUGAUUUUACUGGAGCUACUGAUUUAGUUUUAGAAGCUGAAUUGACUGGCGGUGAAGGUGGUUCAGCUUGGCAGCACACGCAGCUGUUUAGGCAGAGCCUGACAGAUGAAAGAUUUUACCCUUUGGAAAUUAUUAUAACAAUGGAAAGUGCUUGAUAAAUAUUUUUUAUUAUGAAAAAGAAUUUUUAUUUGUGCUUGAUAGAUAUUUUUAUUAUGCAGAUUUUUUGUUUUAUUUGUUUUACUUUUUCAUUUAUUAGACUGUUAUCAAUGUAUGAAUUUGGCAGUGCAAUUUUUAACCUGGUCUUGUUGUAAUUUUGUAAGAAAGGAAGAUGGUAUGACUAUGCUAAAAGAGAAAUGGGAAGAUUAAGAAUUAAAUUAACUUCUCUUUGAAUAUGUAUAACUACACCACAACAUUAAAGUCGCACCACUUUUGCACAGAGUCAUCCUCUCUUUGGUACAUAGUGCUUGGUUUCUUCUCUUCCACUGUGUCAGUUCAGAAUGCACACUUGCCUGUGUUAAUUGAUUUUGCUAUUUAUACUAAAAACUCAGGGGUGUGUGCUGCAGUCUGAGCAUCAGCUUUGUGCUUCUUGAGCAAAACUGAUGGAAUAAACCAGAAUCAUAGAAUCCUCCUACAGCCACAGUCCACUCACAUGAUUCAGUUCAUCAAAGCUGUAAGUGGGAUUGCACCUGUGCUGACAUAAAUGUGCAGACAUUGGAUUCCUAUUAUAUGUUAUUUUUCUUUAAUUUGGAAUACUUUGAUUAACUGAUUGUAGCAGUUGUGCUUUGAACCUUGUAACGACUAUUUUAUAAUAGUUCUAUGUCAAGUUUAUGUUACGUUUUAAAAUUACAUUAUUGCAGCAUGAGUCUAACAAAGUAAUGUGAGUACAACAUUGGUUUCAAAUCCAAUAGGUUAAAAAAAAAUAUCUCUGGCUGAUGAUAUCAGGUGCUGCGCUGUGUAAUACGGGAAAGCAACAUGUUGAAAGCCGGGACCAUCUGAGCCCUAAGUAUAACACCAAAUUAUUAACUAAUAUUUUAUGGAAAUAUAUUGUAAAUGAUAAACUAAAUGCAUAACAUUUUCUAGUAAUUCCUUUAUUUAAAUGGAGUGGUUUGGAAUGCCAUGGUCAUGAAUUUCACUCAGUCUAGCAGGGAAUUUUUGGUCUACCAAAAAUAGAUGGGUUACAAUGAAAGCUUUUUCCCAUCACUCAAAAAUGUUUUAUUGCAUUAUUCUGCAAUACUUGUUGGAUUAUUUCACAAACUUAUUGUGUUGUUUUUCAGUAGUUACUUUGUGUUAUUUUGCAAAAAUAUUGCCUGCUGCAGUGUCCACAUAGGUAGUUUGGCCAUCCAGUGACGGCUUCUGUGGGGCACGUUUAACACAUGGGUAUUGUGCAAUCAGGUGACAGAAAAUGAACAGGCAUUACAGGCAUACAUUUAGUUGUAAUCCGGUUAUAUUUUGGUAAGUUUAGUACAGAUGUUUUCAUAUAUUCAUGAUUAUGAACCUUUAAUUGUGAGCACCAGUCUUACUUCAUGCAAUUUGUACACCAGUUCAGGUUGUUUAUGUGAUCCCUCGGAUUUUUUUUUCAGUCAAAUAGCACAUUGAUUUGUUUGCCACAUAAAUAAAAAUGUUAACAAGAAAAGGCCAUUUUAGCUCAACAUUAGUCCAGAAAUAAUAACUAGUGUAGAUUUCCUGUUUUCCAUGGUACAGCUUUCAACUACACUGAAAGUAACUGAUUCUACCAGUUCAAAAUUCUAGCAGUUCUGUAAUUGUAUAAAAAUGUGUUUUGCUCUACUUUAACUUAUUAAAAUAUUCCAGUGCUUGCCUUCUAAAUUUCUCAUAUAAUUGCUUUAUUGUUACUUAUGUUAUUAUAUCUAAGUUAUCUUGGUCUGAGAAUUUAGGAAUGAGGCCAUUUUAUUUUGUUAUUUGCAAGCAGCUCUUACGAUUUGAAAUUGUUGUGAUUUUAUUCACGUUUUGGGGUUUAUUUUAUCGCUACUUUAUUUUCUCAACACCAUUUUGUUUUAUGGAUUAUGACACAUUUGACAUUAUUGCAAUUGCAUGGGGACAUCAUCACAAAUACAUUAAAAUAUGGUGGUGUUUUUAUUUAUUUUUUUUUAUUCAACAUUUCUUGAUCUAGAGCAAUGUUUAUUUUUUAGUUUGGUUUUGUUUUAAAAAAACAAACUAAAAGAAAUGUUUAGGGUCGUCUUUGUCCAAAAAUAGUUUUAUGUGUUACUUCAAAUUUGAUCACCUUCUCACAUGCUGGAAGCCCGUCGGAAUUAUUCAUGAAGAUCAAAGUGUCCUUUUAUUCAAAAUUCUUCAAGUAUAGAAAAUAGAAAUGUACAUAGUGAAGGUGUAAAUUUGGACAACGUUUUUAGAUUUUUAAGUAAUUGCAAUGCAUUUGUUGUAUUCUUCUCUGCAAAAUAAAUGGAGUUGAAAAAUGGUGUGGUGGCAAAGAUGAAUUUUACAAUAGAAAUAGGACUGUGCAUAAUGUUAUUUCUGACUAUAUUCUAGAGGAAAUAGGAGAUGUAAUUGCCAAAAUGAUAUAAAGGUAAUCAAAUAGAAAUGGAAUGUGUUUUAAGUUACAAUAAAACUGCCAGCUGCUGCUCUGCUCAUUCAUAAAAGCAUAAGGGUACAGUUUUCCAUUGAAACUUAAACACAGGAUCAGCACAUUAUUAUGGUUUUGUCUUUUUGUUUGUUUACCAAGGGCUGUUAAUUUAUUUUAUGACAUUAUUUUACAUUUGAAUUGUUUUUAAUACAUAUAAACCUUGUAUGUAAAUUUUAAAUAUCCAGUAUUGGCAAAAUAAAGGAAACCAUGUGGCAUUCAUCAGCAAAGUAACUUUGAUAAUGUGAAUAAAUAAAACUAAAAUAUAUAUUCUGGAAGGUGUACUCCCUGCUGUGCUGUGUGACUUCUUACUUUCUAUUCAGAGUUCCUGAUUGAAUUGAUGUGAGGUGGGCAAAAACGCAAGUUAGGAGGAGGGUUGCAGUUACUUUUGUAGUAUGUUGCCCCCUAACCUAAUUAGUGAAAAGCAAAAAGCUUGCAUGCAGCUUAACUAUUUUCCACAUCAUAAUUGUUACAUUUAAAUAAAGGUAUAUCAAGGAGUUCUUGAGCAAAUGCACUCUGAGGGGCACAAUGACAUAGUGGUUAAUGCUUCGGCCUGGGAUUGGACUAACACUCUGUGUAAUUUGUGUGUUCUUCCUGUGCCUUCUUGGCGUUUCACUGGGAGCUCCAGUGCUCUUCCCAUGUGCCAAAGAUGUGAAGUUUAGGUAGGCUGACAUAUCUAAAUUUACCUAAUAUGGAGGAUUGCAUGUAUAUGCUUGAGUGUACCCUGCAAGUGGACUUGUACCCAGUCCAGUAUUGGCUUAGUGUCCAAUGUGGAUGAGGUUUCCAAAACCCCUGAACUGCAUAAGUAGGGUAGAAAAUGAUUUCUAGACAGACAUGGUGAGGCUACAGGUUCAGUCCCCACAUCUGACAUGUGUGUCCUUAACCUUUUUGUAAAAAUGUUAACAUAUGGCUCUGUAGUUGUGACUCUCAUUAUUCAAGUGUUUAUGCAAUAGAGGGGCUCAGCACAUUUAAAAGGAGUGGCAGCUGCUGGAAGAGUUGCAUCAACAUUGUUUCAAUUAAGAAGCAAGUUUAAAAUUUGUCAAAUUAUUUUUUCCAAUAUUUGGUUAAUUUUAAUGUAUAUUUGCGGGGUUGGACAUAAUGCCAACUGUGUAAGAAAAGUGUAAUAUUUUGUAAUUUAUUUACUUUUAAAGAGAAUGUGUGACUUUUUUUUUCCUUUUUCCUACUGUACUGGGCAGUAAUGCUUUGUUAAUAUACGGGGGAGUGAAUGUCAAAAGCCCAACACUACACACACCCUUACUGAAAUUUCAGGGUUUUGUUGAUGUAAAGGCUGAAAUAAAGUCAAAUCAUGUUAGUCAUUAUUUCAUCUUGUAACUAACAAUGUGUUCAUGUAAAUGAAAAACCAAAUUGAUAUUUUUUUUUGGAAAAGUAAUUCAAAAUAAAAAUAAAACUUUCAUUGUC